AUGAGCUCUUCAAGUCCACAAAUAGAUCCCUCGUGCGAAGAGUGCAUCAAGGGCACCAUUCUCCAUGGCCAGCCACAGGGCAGUGAAGAAGAGAUUCACGGGCUUAAUACCUACGUGGUCGGCAACCGGACCAACCCGCGGGGCAUCGUUGUCGUCUAUUCAGAUAUCUUUGGCCUGCCAUUUCCCAACAACAAACUGAUUGCGGACGCCUACGCCAAGAGCGGCGAAUGGCUUGUGUAUCUCCCAGACUUCUUCAAGGGGGAUCCGGUACCGCUGAAGACUGCCGAUGUUUUCCUCCCGGUCGAUGCGAAAAAGCAGUCGACGUUGGCAAAGUACACUGGCAUUCUUGCGAGGGCGCCGUCGUUCGUCAUGUGGAUGACGAGGCACAAGGAGGGGCCUACCAACCAAAUCUGCAUGGAUUUCUUACAGGCGUUGAGGCGCUCGACUCCCCCAAGCCAGAAGAUCGGAAUGGUCGGAUUCUGCUGGGGUGGGAAGUAUGCGAUUCGAGCCGGUUUGGAAAGCAACAUGAUUGAGGUUGAUGGUAAAAAGGUGCCGCUUGUGGACGCAGUGGUGGCUUUGCAUCCUAGUCAUCUUGCCAUUCCAGCUGAUGUCGAAGCUUUGGUCGUUCCUGUCACGAUCGGAUGGGGGCUGGAGGAUCAGGGCGUGAAUAUUGAGCAGAAGGGCAAGGUAGAAGAAGUCCACGCGAGAGCAAAGGCAGCAGGGAGGAAGCUGCCAGAAGUAGAGCAUAAGGUUUAUAAACCGGGCCGGCAUGGGUUCGCUGUGAGAGGCAAUCCAGACGACCCAGAGGAACGCGCAUGCCUGGAGGAGUCGGAGAAGCAGGCUCUGGACUGGUUGGCGCGCUGGCUUUGA